GGUUCUCCUCAGCACAUCUGUCAGCUACUCUGCUGUUGCUCCUCUGGUCCCAUCUUGCCCACGGUCACAUGUGCUCUGGAUCACACCUCCUCCCACCUUAAUGGGAUCUUUCUUCAGAUUCAGGUCCAGAAGCUUGACACCAACACCGACUUUGCCAUACUUUAAGUCUCCCUUUCCCCUUUUUCACUUAUCUGAGAUUCCCACCUACUCUUCAGCUUCGUCAGUAGAUGUUUACUAUGUUUUGGUAAAUGCUCCUAGCAUAAUUAUUGCACAUUUUUUAAACUCCUCCACAACUACAUAAACAGUAGUAAAAGAGCCUCUUAUCGCAUUUGCUCCUGUCAAUCAUCCAUUAGUUGUCAAAUCUCAGAAUGUCUGCAGAUGGUGCUGGGGAAAAGGUCAGUGAUCACCAAAAAUUAGAUUCGUUCCAGGGUUGUCGGAAGUCGUCUCAGUCCAUCCAGACGAUUCUGAGAUAUUUUACAAAAUGAAUGAACAUUCAUCUGCUAGUAGCAUUAAAUAAAAUGUCAGGGAUUAGAUACAGUAACGUGUGAUGUAUUCAUUCUCUGUGUUUGAUUAAUGCCUCAGUGGAAAUCUGUCCAGUAUGUGUUAAUGUAUUUCAGUCUGCACUAAAGAGGUGGAAAUUGCCUGGAGAUCUCAUCAGUAACUCAUCUGGCUCCAAGCGACUAAAUAGAAUGAAACACUCCAUAAAGAAAAAAAAAUAAACAUUGUCAGCAAGUAUAAAACAGCUGGCUAUAAAUAGAGCAAACCAGGAGGUGUGAAAGAUGACCAAGAACCUGAAGCAGAAGGAAUCGUUCUCAGCCGUCUGUGGCAGCAGCACAUUCACGGACGUGAGGGCUGGAGAAGCAGCAUCAGGAUGUACAGAGCACCACAGCAGCUGCAUCCGCUGGGACGAAGCUAAUUAACAGCCGUAUAAAUGUGCUAUUAUGUGUGCAGAAGGUUUAGGAAGUUGCGCGUACGUCCAGCUGCUUCCAGUGGCAACGAGAAGCUGGUUCAUUUCACAAAGAUACGCGCGAAUCUGCUUGUUGAAUGUAAAUCGGCUGAAAUGUGGUCCCGAUUUCUGCCCCUCGUGCCCGGACUGUGUCGUCUGAAGGCUCCGCCUGAGGAAGGAAACGUCUCCACCAAGAUAAUCGCCCCAGUCUGUGAUUUGCAGGCACCCCCCCCCUCAUGAGAGGCGCUGCUGACCUUUGUCUUUAAGCUUUUUCAAGUUAAAACACGCAUGGUAGAAACCGCUGGACUGAUGACAGACGCAGUAAAGAGACUCCGUUAGAAGUGACAGAGAAGUUGCUCAUCUCAGUCUGGGCCUCGGGUCCUUGUCACGAUGGGCAUGGUCCUCGCGUCUUGGCUGCUGGGUGUGGCCAUGCUGAGCGGCCAGGUCUUGGCAUCCGAAGAAGGAAACAUCACCCUGUGGAUCCUCCCCUCCACUGUCCUGACGGGUGACACGGUGGUGUUGUUCUGUCAGUACCAGACACGCAGCUACAACCGAACAACAACCUUCUUUAAAGGCACACAGGAGAUCGGCACCUACAGUUCUCUCGGUCCAGAAUCGGUGACAAACAGGACUAUUGAGAACGUGACGAAGCAGGAUGAAGGCACCUACACGUGUGCGUCCCAGGACGGAACGCUGAGGAGCCCGGAGGUCCGGUUAUCAGUCAAACUGGACCCAGGCAACAUCACAGCAGAUGGGACACCAGCCUCCUCUAGUGGCUACUGGAAAUGGGUCCUCAUGUCCUGCACCGUUGUGCUUCUGUCCGUCGUUCCUCUGACGGUGUGGCUGGUUUGUCGCCACAGGCACCAGGCGCUCGGCACCCGUAGCUGUUGGCCCACCUUCAAACAGGAGGCACCAGCACCUGCCACCAGGCAGGACGUGACAGAGGUGCAGUGGGAGCUGUCCUGGAUGGAGAUGUCCAGUCUGAUGGAUAAGCAUUUAUACCCUGGUACUUAG